AUGGCUGGGAAAAUUAAGGACAAACUCAGAAAACGCGAUCGAAUUUUUGCUGCUCUCGAUCGGCAUGUAGUUUUCUUGGAAGAGUAUGAUCCAGAAACUAAAAAGGGGCAAGUUCAAUCCCGUUUGGAUAAGCUUGAGGCAUCUUGGGAAGAAUUCAAUGAGCUUCAGGAAGAUUUAUCAGAAGUCGAUACGAAGGGCGAAUUAGAAGGAGAUAUUACGAAAGCGUACGCUGACUUCGAAGAACGCUAUUACGAAAUUAGGGCUAGCCUGCUGGGUAAAUUAGAACCUCCUCCAUCUCCAGCAAAUUUGGAUAACACUAUUGGUCGUAACAAUGGUGCUUUGGGUGCGCACACAGGCGUUCGGUUACCGCAAAUUUCUCUACCAGAGUUUAACGGGGAUUUCAAAGGCUGGCUUUCUUUCAAGUCAACGUUUGUAUCAUUGAUACAUGACUCUAAUGAACUCAGUGACGUGCAGAAAUUUCAUUAUCUGAAAUCUGCACUAAAAGGGGAGGCGGCCAAACUGAUCGAGUCUCUCACGAUCAUCAACGGAAAUUAUAUGAUAGCUUGGGACACCAUCAGCAAGCGCUACUCCAACGAAUACCUGUUAAAGAAGCGACAUCUCCAGAUCGCCUCCACAUUCCCGAGGAUUGAAAAAGAGACGGCGGGACGAAUACAUGGACUGGUGGACGAGUUUGAUCAACGACUGAAGAUCUUGAAGCAACUGGGUGAGAAGACGGAACAUUGGGGAGCGAUGAUUAUCCAUUGGAUGUGCUCUAAGCUGGAUUCUCGCACUUCGCAAUUAUGGGAAGAUCAUGCCGCAUCGAUAAAAGAACCAACAUUUUCGGUAUUGGUGGACUUCUUGGAAAAACGAACAAGAGUAUUAGAUGCGGUGUUGUCCAACGCAAACAAUGGUUCGGUCCAACCCAAGACAAUUAUGAAACGUGAGCGUAUAGCGGUGCAUGCUUCUUCGGAAGGCGGAAGGAACGAGCCUACUUGUCUAUGUUGUGGCGAUCUGCAUUAUUUGGUACGGUGUUCAAAAUUCCAGGAUCUCGGGCUGAAGGAAAAGUUAGAUUUCGUCAACGGCAAGCGUUUAUGUAGCAAUUGUAUUAAGACAGGUCACUGGGUACGAGAUUGCAACUCGAAGUUUAGCUGUAAGAAAUGCGGGAAGAAACACAACACAUUGAUACAUCCGGGAUUUCAACCAGCAAAGGCAACAAGCGGCAGUUCAGAAGACAACGAAUCAACGACUGGACGGAAAAGUGACGUAGCUAGGAUGCACAUCGCUGCAGAAAUAACAGACGGAAGAGACAGUGAUGCAGCAGAAGGAUCCACAGCAGGAUCAUAUAGUGUCGGAACUAAAAAGAAUAGCUUGAGUUCUAGAGUAUUUCUUUCUACGGUGGUGGUAGCGAUACACGAUCAAAAUGGUAAUAAACAACUAGCUCGAGCGUUGUUGGAUAAUGGAUCCCAGGUUAAUGUUAUGAGUGAGAGGCUGUGUCAAAUGCUGAAGCUUAAACGUCGACCGAUUUGCAUUCCAAUAACGAGAGUUGGACAAUCUGAAUCAACGGCGAGACAUGCGGUUAGUACAACGGUCCAUUCCCGAGUUAGCGAUUUUUCCAUUGGAUUGGAUUUCUUGGUGUUACAGCGGGUCACAGCUGAACUUCCUUCAGCAACGGUACCAAUUUCCCAUUGGAAUAUUCCUCCCAAUCUUCAGAUGGCGGAUCCUCAAUUCAAUUUCAGUAGUCGCAUUGAUCUUCUAUUAGGCGCAGAGCAUUUCUUCGGUUUCUUGGUAGACAGGGAGGUGAAAAAGAUGGUCUUGGGUCCGAAGCUACCGAUACUUGUGAAUUCAGUUUUUGGGUGGAUUGUUUCUGGUCGUGAUGAAAGUAUACCACGGAAAAGGACAGUGCGAUGCUGCACAGCAACAACCACCGAGAAAAUCGAGGAACUGAUUGAAAAAUUCUGGCGGGUAGAUGGAUGUGAAGACCAGCCUGCUUGGUCUAAGGAGGAACAAGAAUGCGAAGAGGGCUUCAAAAGAACACACUCAAGAUCAGAAAAUGGUCGAUACAUCAUUAAGCUACCCAAACAUACGAACUGGGAUCGGAUGUUGGGAAAUUCUCGAGCAAUGGCAUUGGAUAGAUACCGCAAAUUGGAAAAACGACUGGAACGGAACCAGAACAUGAAGGAACAAUAUCAUUCAUUCAUGAAGGAAUAUUUGUUUAUGCAACACAUGCGGAAGAUAUCGGAUUUGGAGCUUCAAUCAGAAGUCCAAGAACCGGACCGGCGGAAGGUAUUUUAUUUGCCGCACCACACGGUGAUCAAAGAAGCAAGCACGACUACAAAAGUACGCGUCGUCUUUGAUGCUUCGGCGCGUACAGACAGCGGUUACUCCCUCAACGACGCUCUUUUGAAAGGACCCGUAAUUCAAGACGACUUAUUGAAUUUGAUCUUACGUUUCCGCAAGUAUGAGGUAGCACUUGUGGGAGAUGUCGAAAAAAUGUACAGACAAAUACUUCAUGAUAACAAAGACAACCUCCGUUUACGAAUAUUUUUCCGCUUCUCAAAAGAUGAGCCCAUAGGUGUGUACGAACUACUCACAGUUACGUAUGGACUCACUCCUUCAUCUUUCUUAGCAACACGGGUGCUGAAACAGCUAGCUGAAGACGAAGGAAUGGAAGGUAAUAAAGCUCGAUCAGCGGUAGAAAAGGAUUUCUACGUCGACGACUAUAUUGGAGGAGCCCCAAGUGUCGACGAAGCUAUCGAAUUGAGGGAAGAUUUAACGUCGUUGAUGAACAAAGGAGGUUUUCCAAUCCGUAAAUGGUGCUCGAAUCGACCUGAAGUGUUGUCUGACAUUCCUGAAGAACAGUUAGGAACUAACCUCACAAUAACCUUUGAAUUAAAUCCCGAUGAAAAGGUUAAAACUCUAGGGAUUACUUGGGAACCGAAAGCUGACCAGCUUAGGUUCCUUUACAAUGUUGGAGAUGAUGAAGGUGAAUGGACCAGGCGGCGCAUACUGGCUGCGAUCGCUAAAUUAUUUGACCCUCUCGGGAUAAUCUCGCCCGUGGUAGUCACCGUAAAAAUCAUUAUGCAGGAGCUGGCUCUGCUGCAAACCGGGUGGGAUGCUCCGGUACCGCCGCAGCUCGAGCAGAAAUUGAUUAAUUUUCAUAGCCGUUUGUUUAAAUUGGCCGACUUCAGCAUACCCAGAUUUUGCUUCAUUCCAGAUUACGUCGACGUUCAACUUCAUUGCUUCGCCGACGCAUCGGAUCUUGCGUACGGAGCCUGCAUGUAUAUUCGGUCCAUAACUCGACAGGGCAACGUACGUGUUGAACUUCUAUCGUCGAAAUCUUGGGUCGCUCCACUAAAGCGAUUAACGAUUCCGAGAUUAGAACUAUGCGCAGCGAGAGAAGCUGCCCGGUUAUAUCAAACCGUUAUUAAGGCCCUCGCGUUAGAUCACAUCCGUUCAUUUUUCUGGUCGGACUCAACCGUGGUUCUCCAUUGGCUGAGGACCCCACCGAAUUCGUGGAAAACUUUCAUCGCAAACCGCGUUUCAGUUAUCCAGACAGCUACAUAUGGACAUUUGUGGCUACAUAUAGCCGGCAAAGAAAAUCCUGCGGAUCUUGUUUCCCGAGGAAUGCCUAUUGAAGAUUUUUUGAUCAGUGAUCUUUGGAAGCAAGGACCUUCAUGGCUGAAACAGGAGCCAUUGAAAUGGCAGACGGACAUUUCUAUUUCCGUUCCUGAGGAAACAGAUCUGGAAUCUCGAGUUCUCGCUCCCAUAGCCAUCACAACCGCCACUGUGAAUGAACCCAGUUUUAUCUUCUCACUUCGAUCUUCUUUCCUUCCAUUGAUUAGGAUAGUUGCGCUUUGUCUACGAUUUAUUGAGAAUUGUCGAAACCCCAUAAGACGGAACACUUCUGUGUUUUUGACAGUAUAUGAAAUCAACGCUGCAAAAAUGGUCCUCGUGCGACUGGCUCAGGAAGAAUGUUUCAACGAAGAAAUCGAUUCCUUAAAGAAGCGAUACCAAGCUUAA